CCUCGCUCUCGCGCGUCCAGUCUGCCGCUGAUAGGACCAAUCCACGCUCUUACGUGUCCGCCCAUCACAUGAGGACGUUGGUGGCGCUUCACGCGGGAGACUUUCAUCUUGAACUGUUUGAUAACCCGUUAUUAAUCCCGUCUUUGUCCAGUAUUUGUUUUUGCGCUUUUCAACAGUCCGGAGGGCCGAAAUCGGUAAGCUUCCUCCCUUUGACAGGUGAGAUGUUGAGCUCCAAGCUCCUGACCCUGGUGCUGGUGGUCCAGCCGGGCAGGGUGCUGCUGGGCAUGAAGAAGAGAGGAUUUGGGGCUGGGAAGUGGAACGGGUUUGGGGGUAAAGUUCAGCCUGGAGAAACCAUUGAAGAUGCUGCAAGGAGAGAACUGCAAGAAGAAAGCGGUCUCACAGUGGAUGCUCUCGAGAAGGUCGGAAAUCUCAAAUUUGAGUUUGUCGGAGAAACACAGCUACUUGACGUCCACAUUUUCAGAGCCGAUACUUAUAACGGAGACCCAACAGAGUCAGAUGAAAUGAGGCCUCAGUGGUUUGAACGUGACCAAAUUCCUUUCAGUGAAAUGUGGGCGGACGACAUCCUGUGGUUCCCUCUGAUGCUCCAGAAGAAGAAAUUUGUUGGAUACUUUAAGUUCCAGGGUCACGACGUGAUCCUCAGCCACAAACUGGAGGAGGUGGAGGAGCUCUGAGAUAACCCGAGUGUUGCUGGCGUUGUCUAUGACUGGCAACAAAAAAAAAAUCAUCAGCCUUAAAAAAAAUUUGACAGUAAAUACCGAAGAUAUCCCAGUGUUAAGAGAUCUUGCCCAGUUUCAUUCGUGGGAGGAAGUGAGAGGAUCCUGAGGACUUUGAAGAACCAUAUUAACUGUACGUGUAGCAUGUUUACAUGUAAUAUAACAUCAGGAUAAAACUUCUUUUCUUAGUCUGCAUUCAUUAGAAAUACUGCCAGCUAAAUACUU